CGCGGCGGCAAGCAGCGGGGUCCGCGCCCCGACGCUCCGCGCCCCGGUGUCCGCCGCGCCGCCGCGCCCCGGGCAGGCAUGGGGCGGCCAGGCUGAGCGCCCGCCCGCCGCCGAGACCCCGGCCCCAGCCACCGAGCCCUCCCGCCACGGCGCCAGCGCGCACGGGCCAUGGCGACGGCGACGGCCCGCGCCGCGGGGCUGCGGCUGCUGCUGCUGCUGCCGCUGCUCGGCCAAGCUCCACUGGGACUCUACUUCUCCAGGGAUGCUUAUUGGGAGAAGCUGUAUGUGGGCCAGCCAUCUGGCAUGCCCCUGCUCUAUGUCCAUGCCCUGCGGGACAUCCCCGAGGAGGUGCCUAGCUUCCGCCUAGGCCAGCACCUUUACGGCAUCGCCUACCGUGCAAGGCUGCAUGAGAACGACUGGAUCCGCAUCGAGGAGGACACAGGCCUUCUCUACCUUAACCAGAGCCUGGAUCACAGCACCUGGGAGAAGCUCAGCAUCCGCAAUGGCGGCUUCCCUGUGCUCACCAUCUACGUCCAGGUCUUCCUGUCAUCUGCAUCCCUGCGUGAGGGCGAGUGCCAGUGGCCAGGCUGUGCCCGUGUGUACUUCUCCUUCAUUAACACCUCCUUCCCAGCUUGUGGUUCCCUCAAACCCCGGGAGCUCUGCUUCCCUGAGACUGGUGUCUCCUUCCGCAUUCGAGAGAACAGGCCUCCCGGCACCUUCCACCAAUUCCGUCUGCUGCCCGUGCAGUUCCUCUGCCCCAACAUCAGCGUGUCCUACAAGCUCCUAGAAGGUGAGAAUCUGCCCUUCCGUUGCGCCCCGGACAGCCUGGAGGUGAGCACGCGCUGGGCCCUGGACCGUGAGCUGCGGGAGAAGUAUGAGCUGGUGGCCGCGUGCACCGUGCGCGUCGCUGCGCGUAAAGAGGAGGUGGUGAUGGUGCCCUUCCCCGUGACCGUGUAUGACGAGGACGACUCGGCGCCCACCUCCCUCGGGGGCUUCGACACUGCCAGCGCCGUGGUGGAGUUCAAGAGGAAGGAGGGCACUGUGGUGGCCACAAUACAUGUCUUUGACGCGGACGUGGUACCAGCAUCUGGGGAGCUCCUGAGGCGAUACACAAGUACACUACUCCCUGGGGAUGCCUGGGCCCUCCAGACAUUUCGUGUGGAACACUCACCCAACGAGACCUUGGUCCAGGCCAACGGCAGCUUUGUGCGGGCAACUGUGCAUGACUACAGGCUGGUUCUCAACCGGAGCCUCCCCAUCUCGGAGAGCCGCUCCCUGCAGCUGGCCGUUCUGGUCAAUGACUCGGACUUCCAGGGUCCCGGGGAGGGCAUCCUCUUGCUCCACUUCAACGUGACGGUGCUGCCUGUCAGCCUGCACUUACCCAGCGCCUACACCUUCACUGUGAGCAGACGGGCCCGCCGCUUUGCCCAGAUUGGGAAAGUCUGUGUGGAAAACUGCCAGGAGUUCAGUGGCAUCCACGUGCAGUACAAGCUGCAGCUCUCCAGCACCAACUGCAGCGUCCUGGGGGUGGUCACGUCAACCGAGGACACCACAGGGACCCUGUAUGUGAAUGACACGGAAGCCCUGCAGCGGCUCGAUUGUUCUCAACUCCAGUACACAGUGGUGGCUGCCGACCGGCCAACCCGCAGGCAGACCCAGGCCCCGCUGGUCGUCACCGUGGAGGGGACAUAUGUGGCUGAGGAGCCAGGCUGCCCCCUGUCCUGUGCAGUCAGCAAGAGACGGCCUGAGUGUGAAGAGUGCGGCGGCCUGGGCUCUCUGACGGGCAGGUGCGAGUGGAGACAGGGAGAUGGCAAAGGGAUCACCAGAAACUUCUCCACCUGCUCCCCCAAUGUCAAGACCUGCCCUGAUGGCCACUGUGAUGCUGUAGAGAGCAGGAAUGUCAACAUCUGCCCCCAGGACUGCCUCCGGGGUGGCAGCAUCAUCGGUGGGCAUGAGCCAGGGGACCGCUGGGGGAUAAAAGCUGGCUUCGGAAUCUGCAACUGUUUUCCUGAAGAGAAGAAGUGCUUCUGCGAGCCUGAAGACAGCCAGGACCCACUGUGUGAUGAGCUCUGCCGCACGGUGAUUGCGGCGGCUGUGCUCUUCUCCUUCAUCGUCUCCAUGCUGCUCUCCACCUUCUGCAUCCACCGCUACCACAAGAAUGCCCACAAGCCGCCCAUCGCCUCCGCCGAAAUGACCUUCCGCCGGCCCGCCCAGGCCUUCCCAGUCAGCUACUCCUCAUCAGGCGCCCGCCGGCCCUCACUGGACUCCAUGGAGAACCAGGUCUCUGUGGAUGCCUUCAAGAUCCCGGAGGAUCCUAAGUGGGAAUUCCCUCGGAAGAACUUAGUUCUUGGAAAAACUCUGGGAGAAGGUGAAUUUGGAAAAGUGGUUAAGGCAACAGCUUUCCGGCUAAAAGGCAAAGCAGGAUACACGACCGUUGCCGUGAAGAUGCUGAAAGAGAAUGCUUCCCCAAGCGAGCUGCGGGAUCUGCUAUCAGAAUUCAAUCUCCUGAAGCAGGUCAACCACCCGCAUGUCAUCAAGCUGUACGGAGCCUGCAGCCAGGAUGGGCCACUCUUCCUCAUUGUGGAGUAUGCCAAGUAUGGCUCACUGCGGGGCUUCCUCCGAGAAAGCCGCAAGGCGGGUCCAGGCUAUGUGGGCAGUGGAGGCAGCCGAAGCUCCAGCUACCUGGACAACCCCGAGGAGCGGGCGCUGACCAUGGGCGACCUCAUCUCCUUCGCCUGGCAGAUCUCUCGGGGGAUGCGGUACCUGGCAGAGAUGAAGCUUGUCCAUCGGGACUUGGCCGCCAGAAACGUCCUGGUGGCUGAGGGGCGGAAGAUGAAGAUUUCAGAUUUUGGCCUCUCCCGAGAUGUUUAUGAGGAAGAUUCCUACGUGAAGAGGAGCAAGGGUCGGAUUCCAGUCAAGUGGAUGGCAAUUGAGUCUCUUUUCGAUCAUAUCUAUACCACCCAAAGUGAUGUGUGGUCCUUCGGUGUCCUGCUGUGGGAGAUUGUGACUCUGGGGGGCAACCCCUACCCUGGGAUUCCUCCAGAGCGGCUCUUCAACCUUCUGAAGACAGGCUACCGGAUGGAGAGGCCUGACAACUGCAGUGAGGAGAUGUACGGUCUAAUGCUGCAGUGUUGGAAGCAGGAACCAGACAAGAGGCCAGUGUUUGCUGACAUCAGCAAAGACUUAGAGAAGAUGAUGGUUAAGAACAGAGACUACUUGGACCUGGCGGCGUCCACCCCAUCUGACUCCCUGCUUUAUGACGAUGGCCUCUCGGAGGAGGAGACACCUCUGGUGGACUGUAAUAAUGCUCCCCUCCCUCGAACCCUUCCCUCCACGUGGAUUGAAAACAAACUCUAUGGCAUGUCAGACCCGAACUGGCCUGAAGAGAGUCCUGUACCACUCACGAGAGCUGAUGGCACUAACUCUGUGUGUCCAAGAUAUGCAAAUGAUAGUGUAUAUGCUAACUGGAUGGUUUCACCCUCAGCGGCACAAUUAAUGGACGCAUUUGAUAGUUAACAUUUCUUUGUGAAAGGUAAUGGACUCACAAGGGGAAGAAACAUGCCGAGAAUGGAAAGUC